AUGACUGAACAGUCCCAGCUUCUCACUAGAGACACGGUCUUUGAGUUCGAAAAGAUUGCCCUCGAUCAAAGAUUUGUUGAUUGCACAAUCAUUGUCGAAGGAAAAGAAUUCAAAGCUCAUCGCGUUUUAUUGGCAGGUUGCUCUAAGUAUUUCAACGAAUAUUUCAAGGAUAAUUCCGUCACAACUUGCACACUCGAAAACUAUUCGGCAUCAUCAUUCCAGCUUUUCAUCACUUUCCUCUAUACAAAGAAAAUUUUAUUAAAUCUCGAUAACCUCGCAAAUGCUAUGAAGCUUGCAUUCUAUCUCAAAAUAGAUACACUCUUCAACACUAUCAAUGAUUUUCUCCAGACUGUCGCAAAUCCUGAUACAGCAAUCGUUCUCCUCAAAUCCGUCGGUUUUGCCCUUUCUGCACUCACCCGUUUCAUGAAGUUCUGCGCAACAUUGAUGGAAAAAAUGUCUGCAAACACUGAUUUUGCUUUCUUAAAAGUUCCAGAAAUGAAACUUCUCAUUAAGAAGGCCCGCUUCUCAAAUGGAUACGUCCGUGACGAUAUCAUCGCGAAAUACUGCAGAGCAGCUCAAAUCGACCCCGAACAGUUCGCAGAAUUCAAACAAUUCGACCCAGCCUUACCAGACUCUUCUCUCAAGAAGCCAACAUUCUCCGCAGUCUGCCUCGCUGCUCCUCCGGAUCCAGGCCUUUUCCAGAGACUCAAAGGCCAAGUUGGCGUCGAAGCUUCAGGUUCUCUCAAUGGACGUGAUCCAGCGACAAUUAUCGAGGAGGAUCCAAUCAAGCAUUGGUUUACCGAGUCAGACGGCAACGCCUGGGUUCUUUUCGAGUUCAAAGAAUUAUAUAUUCAGCCAACUCACUACGGAAUCUGGUCCCACGGUGGUACAUCAACACUCAAGAACUGGGCUUUCCAGGCAUCUAAUGAUCGCCAGAAUUGGAUCGUCCUUUCUACUCAUAACAACGAUGAUUCACUCAAGGAACCAUUCUCCGAGAAAACCUGGCCGAUAGAUACCAACGGAUACUUUAAAUACUUCAGAAUUAUUCAGACAGGCCACAACUGGUCAGGAAAUCGCUGGUUAUAUUUGCAAAAGGUCGAAAUUUGGGGUGUUGCAUGCUCAAAGGACAAAUUUUAA